AUGAUAAGUGGUGAGAGCCCAGCAAGACGUAUAUUAGGACCACCUAGGGUGUGGGGGUGGGCUCUGUCAAGUACCUAUGGAUGGGUGAAGCUUGGGAAUAAGAGGAGCGAUGCGACAGGUGGGUUUCGCUCGAGCUAUGAGGUAGAAAGCUUGAAACAUCACGAGAGAGCCGAGCGCGUUUGCUCGCUCGGUGACGACCACUGCAAGUGGGUCCUCGCUCGGCUUCUCGGAAUUAAGCCGGACCUCCUACCUGCCACAGUGCCGCAACAUCUCAUCAUUGUACACGUCAAAAACCUCAUUUCAAUAACAACAACCUCAACCAUUGCAAGGCCGGUCGAGGCUGUAAUUGUGUCAGAUCGACAUCAAACCGAACCCUGGAACACUUGCUUCCCCGCCUUCUCUAGUUCUCUGCCUUCCACUUCUCUCACCCGGCCGAGCACUCUGUGCAGGAAGGAGUGUCACACGGCUAUGGCGGGCGUUGUGUGUGGAAACCAUUGGGAGAAUUUGCUGGCUUCCGUUGGACUCCGCCUGUCUGAUCUUAGCAUCGCGAUCGACGUCAUUGGGGAAUGGGGAGCGUGCAUGUUGCCGGAUGCAGAGGCCGAGCGAUUCAGGCGCAAAAGAAUUCCUGUGUUGGCUCGGCUUCGGCGUCAAGAGCUCAUCCGGCGAGUUCCGGAUGCCAGACAGAACAUUUAGAUAUCAGUUAAC